GUUAUUUUGAAUGACCUUGUGAGUCAAAAUAAGGCGCGUAAAUCGAAAAUAGAACAAUUUCAAUGAUUUUCCGUGGUUACAGGCUGACCUACUUUUGCGUAAGAAACAUGUUGAACAGUAUCUCUAAUGACAUAUUACAUAAUUCUAAUACAAGAUGAUUGGUGGAAUUGGUGUAUUUAUUCAGUCUUCGUCUCCUUGUAAUCUCGAAUACUUAAUGCAUUUAAUAUCCAAAUUACUGUACUGAGCUUCCUGAAAUCAGUUAACCUUUGUUUUGUUUUAGACUGACAUUUGGGGUUAGUCUUCGGUCAUGUUAAAGUUCGCUUAUCAGAAUGCCUUAAUUACUAAACAUGGCUUAAGUCUGUUGAACUUGACUGAAUAUCAUGUUUGUUCAAACCUCUGUAGUUCUAAGUGUUAGUUCAAUUUCAUAUCAUCUGGCGUUUAAAUGGUUGUGAUUUCAAGUUGAUGAUUCGUGGCAAAUGUGAACUAAGCAGAGCAAAAACUGUGAAAAUAUAAAAUCAUGGAUAAAUGAAAAAUGGGCCAUACAUUUAUGUAAAACCACAAGAAGUUUACACAUUUUGAAUACCGCAGCCUCAAAACACAAAAACAUCGAAUGUGGAGCGACCGGAAAAAAUAAAAUACAAAAUUCUUAUCAAAUGGGCGUUUAUGAUUACGUAUUCGAUUUAGUUAAAAAGGAUGGUAGUGAAAUGAUUGAUAUUUAUGAUUUAAUUGAAUUAAUGAAUAAAGCUGGUAUAUCAUUAAAUGAUCCAAGAUUGGCAAAAUUUACAAAAGCAUUGAAUGAAUUACAAGGUAAUCAAAUCAAUCGAAAUGUUAUACAAAGUAAAUCAUUAACAUUAGAUAGAGAAACAUUUCGAAUUGUAGCAAAAGAAAAUCUUCAUAUGUUAUUACGUAUUAUGACAAAUGAUUUUUGUAUACCAGAUUUUGAAUCAUUCACUAAAGAAAUUCAAACAGUUUUUAAUUUAUGUAAAGAAAAUACAAGUGGUCAAGUAGCUAGUUAUAUACCAGAAUUAAAAGAAAUGAAUCCAAAUUAUUGGGGUUUAUCAUUGUGUACUGUAGAUGGACAACGUUUAUCUAUGGGUGAUAGUACUAUUCCAUUUACAAUACAAUCUAGUAGCAAACCAAUUACAUAUGCUUUAGCUUUGACCGAUUUAGGUCCACAUUAUGUUCAUCAAUAUGUUGGUUAUGAACCAUCAGGAUUACCAUUUAAUCAAAUUUCUUUAAACCAUAAAAGUAAACCACAUAAUCCCUUAAUAAAUUCUGGAGCAUUAGCUAUUUGUAGUAUCCUACAACCAAAUUUAAAUCCUUCAGAGCGUUUUAAGUAUGUUGAAAAUAAAUUUAGUCAAAUGGCUGGUGGAUUACCGAUGGGAUUUAAUAAUGCUGUAUUUUUAUCAGAACGUGAAACAGCUGAUCGUAAUUUUGCUAUUGCAUAUUAUAUGCGUGAAAAUAAAUGUUUUCCGCCAACUUUUGAAUUACGUGAAUUAAUGGAUUUCUAUUUUCAAAUAUGUUCAAUUGAAGUAACAUGUGAGUCCGCUGGAAUUAUGGCUGGAACAUUAGCGAAUGGUGGUAUUAAUCCAUUAACAAAUGAAACUGUAGUAAGUGCAGCUGCAGCACGAGAUACAUUAUCUGUUAUGCAUUCAUGUGGAAUGUAUGAUUAUUCAGGACAAUUUGCAUUCAAGGUUGGUUUGCCAUGUAAAUCUGGUGUAUCCGGUAUAAUCAUGGUAGUCGUGCCUAAUUUACUUGGUUUAGCUGUUUGGUCACCGCCAAUUGAUAGACAUGGGAAUUCGGCCAGAGGUAUACAAUUCUGUCAAGAACUUGUUCAUAGAUUCAUACUACAUCAUUAUGAAAGUCAUUUACAUUAUGAUAAAAAAAUUGAUCCACGGAAACCACGUGAUUCUUAUCGAACAGAUGCAGUUAGUACAUUAUUGUUUGCUGCUGGCAACAAUGAUUUAUCAACCCUAAGAAGAUGUUUUAUUCAUGGAGUAGAUUUCAAUGCAAUUGAUUAUGAUGGACGUACUGGUCUUCAUGUAGCUGCUAGUACUGGUUCAUUAGAUGCUGUAAAAUUUUUCAUUGAAGUUGGUGGUGUCAAAUUGAAUCCAAUUGAUCGUUGGGGACAUACACCAUUAUCAGAUGCUAAACAAUUUGGUCAUGAAAAAAUUAUUAAAUAUUUAGAAAGUAAGAAUAAAAUAAAUCAAUAAAUUGCAGUACAAUCUUUACAUAUAUAUACAAAGAUAAUAAAAACAAAGUAAGUGAAUUAUAUUCAUUUUAUUGGGUUAUCUUUUACUCCCUUAAUUUUUUUCCAUAUUCAUUUAUUAAACAAUGAGAAUCAAAUAGAAAUCAAUAAAAAAAAUUUUUUUAAAUUUUUUUUCCUCAAAUAAGUUUUUAUUUAUUAUUUUCUGCUUGUCAAUUACGAUUAUUAUUAUUAUUACUGUUACUAUUAUUAUUAUUAUUAUUAUUA